GAGCUCAUCCAUAACAAAAUGUCUGACACGGAAGAAGUCAACGAGGAGGAAGAAGAUGACUCAAAGCCCAAGCCAAAGUUUAUGACGAACAUUGCCGUCCCAAAGCUCCCCGAUGGGGAUAAAGUGGAUUUUGAUGACAUCCACAGGAAGCGGCAGGACAAGGAUCUGUCUGAGCUGCAGUCUCUCAUCGAGGCUCACUUCGUCCAGAGGAAGAAGGAGGAGGAGGAUCUCCUCGCCCUUGUUAACAGAAUCGAGAAGCGUCGCGCUGAGAGAGCAGAGCAGCAGAGGGUCCGGUCCGAGAGAGAGAAGGAGAGGCAGAUCAGACUUGCGGAGGAAAAAGAGCAGAGGGAGCAGGACGAGCAACGCAAGAGGUACGACGAGGACGCCAAGAAGAAGAAGGCCCUCUCAAAUAUGACCCAGCAGUACAGCGCCGGACAAAAGGCUGAAAACAGAAAAGGAGCAAAGAAACAGACGGAGAGGGAAAAGAAGAAGAAGAUCCUGGCCGACCGCAAGAAGGCUCUAAACGUUGAGCAACUGAACGAGGAUAAACUCAAGGAGAAGGCCAAUGAGAUGUGGCAGUGGCUGAUGGGGCUGGAGGGCGAGAAGUUUGAUCUCAGUGAAAAACUCAAAAGACAGAAGUACGAUAUUAACCAGCUUCUUGCUCGAGUCCAGGACCACCAGAACGCCAAAGGACGUGGCAAGGGCAAGAUGGGCGGCCGGCUGCGGUGA